AUGGCCAACGACUUACUCCUGGGCUAUGGAUGCAUCCUUGUGAUGUCUCCGACUCCGGGGGCGAAUGAGACCCCGAGUCAUGUUCCCACCGGUGCCCUCCUGCGGCUGCCAAGCCAUGCAAGCGAACGACGACGCCACGAGGCGCGAAUCGGAUGCAUUGGUAUGCACCGAUCGACGAGUAGCAUCUGCUUCUAUGGACAGUGUUUUGGGACAAAACCAGAGGGUAGAGGAACUAUUGACAGUGUUAUCGAUGUUCGAGCUUCCGGGUCUUUUAUCCGUCGGUCUAUAGAGGACACUGAAUGUACAUCGCUCUUGGACCAGGAAGGAGUCGGGAAAUUGAGUUGA